UUUUGGAUGUGUAUGUUGAACUUCAUUACCCAUGCACCUCUUCGCUAUGUCGUAAAAAAUCCCUCAUCCAAUCGCUUGUAUUAACCCGUGACGAAGACAAGACAACAGCUACAGAAGACAUGGCAGAAAGAGGCUACAGUUUCUCCCUCACCACAUUCAGCCCUUCGGGCAAACUGGUGCAGAUUGAGUAUGCCCUAGCAGCGGUUGCUGCAGGAGCUCCAUCAGUUGGAAUUAAAGCUGCAAACGGAGUGGUUCUUGCGACAGAAAAGAAACAGAAGUCCAUACUCUACGAUGAGCAGAGUGUGCACAAGGUGGAGCCCAUUACAAAACACAUUGGCAUGGUGUACAGCGGAAUGGGUCCAGACUACAGGGUGCUUGUGAGAAGAGCAAGGAAACUGGCCCAGCAGUACUUCCUGGUGUACCAGGAGCCCAUCCCCACGGGACAGCUUGUACAGAGGGUGGCUUCAGUCAUGCAGGAGUACACUCAGUCAGGAGGUGUGCGCCCAUUCGGUGUAUCGCUCCUGAUUGCUGGGUGGGAUGAGGACCGUCCCUACCUGUUCCAGUCCGACCCCUCUGGUGCUUACUUUGCCUGGAAAGCCACGGCCAUGGGGAAGAACUAUGUGAAUGGGAAAACAUUCCUCGAGAAGAGGUACAACGAGGACCUGGAGUUGGAGGAUGCCAUUCAUACAGCCAUUUUAACACUCAAAGAAAGUUUUGAGGGUCAAAUGACAGAAGACAACAUUGAAGUCGGCAUCUGUAACGAGAACGGAUUCAGGCGCCUAUCCCCCGCUGAGGUCAAGGACUACCUGGCCGCCAUUGCUUAGCUUGUGUGUAAUAUUUCAUGUAAUGGAACAUUUAAGAUACUGUAUGAGCAGUUUCGCAGCAUUUUUAUAAGUCUUGUUUUUUGUUGACAUAAAAAAAAUAAUAAACCAAGUCCGGAUGGAAAAUA